AUGUUCAAGGUACCUAUUGUGAUCGUGUUGACUGUGGUGGUCGGAGCAUCUCUGGCUCUCCCAUCAGACCCUUACAACCAACCCACCUACAAACCGGUGCCUAUACCGUACAACUUCGCCUACGGCGUCAAGGACGACUACGCCGGCACUGACUUCGGCCACAACGAGGACUCCGACGGCCACACCGUCAAGGGCUCCUACAAUGUUGCCUUGCCCGACGGCCGCAUCCAGACGGUGAGCUACGUGGCUGACCACAACAACGGGUACCAGGCCCAGGUGAGCUACAAGGGCGAGGCCCAGUACCCACACCAGUACGGUCCAGCUGUCACUUUCAAGCCCCAGCCCUCAUACCAGCCCCAGCCCUCAUACCAGCCCCAACCCUCGUACCAGCCCCAGCCCUCAUACCAGCCCCAACCCUCAUACCAGCCCCAGCCCUCAUACCAGCCCCAACCCUCAUACCAAUAA